AUGCAGAGGUUCCUGCAACAAGCAGUGCCAAUGGGCCUGAACCUUGCGCUGGUGGAGCUUGGUCGCCUGCCACGUGUCGACAGCCUGGAGGAGACUGGCAAGCACACUUGUAUGGAAGCACGGAGAAGAGCAGUUGCACAGAGAAAUAUUCUUCAGGAGCCCACUCGAAGCAUGUGCUUGGAUGUGAUCACAAACCACGCCGUCGACGGCCAGCACAUCUCCAGGACUUGCCACACAUGUCCUGACAUGUCCUCGAUGAGGUUCCUCAACUACGGGGCCUUCCUGUCCGGAUCGUCCGCUGCGGAGGAAGCUCAGAGGGCGAAGGCGAAGAUCGCAAACACACUGCAGCCAAAGGACAAAUCGGCCUUGGUGCUGGCCAAGCAGCGUGCACCGGAGCCUCUCAGACCGAGUCCACAGUUUACCCACCCUGUGGAGAUUCUGGUGCAGGCAACAGGCACAAUCAGCUCGUCCAUCUUCCAGACCUUUGGGAGCAAGGCACAUGCGGCCGCAAACUACCACAGGCUUAGUUCUGCCAGCACCAUCAACAAGACGGUGCAUUUCUCGUCAAUCUCCGUCUACAUGGGCCAGGGAGGUUCAGGACCCAUUACAGGUGCUAGCAGCCUGAUGGAUGGGUUGGCCUUGUGGGAGAGGCACCAAGGCAUCAACCAGUACUCCACAACUGUGCUCUGGGGUGCCAUUGGAGAAAUUGGUCUUCGAAAGGCCAUCUAUGGUUCCCGAGAUGUGUUCGCGCAGUUUGACUUGGGACAGAAGCUCAUUGGGCCUGCCGACACCGCAAUGCUAGAGAAGCAGGUUUGCUGCAAUCCUCAGACGUGGGAUUUUGUGGGCCUGGCCUACCUGGACAACACGUGGCAGGAUUCGCUGGGAGGCCGGGGUGGUGGUGGCCUCUCAAGCCGAAAGACUUUCCUGGACAAUUGA